AUGGUGCCCCCUCGCACAAGGCUGAGCCUCUCCAAGGAGAGGUUUCCAGCCUAUCUGACCAACCUCAAGAGCCAGCCGUACCACGAUCCCGGCUCAAGCUCCAGAGGUCACACGCUGCGAUCGAUAGCCUGGAAUCCAUUAGGAAGUUUGGUCGCUACAGGCUCAUCAGACAAAACGCUGCGCGUCUGGAAUCCGGAGAAGCCAAAUGUGCGGUUUUCAACUGAGCUAAAGGGGCACUCAGCUGCCAUCGAAAAGGUUGCAUUCAAUCCAGUCAAGGAUGCUGAGUUGUGCAGUGUAAGCAAUGAUGGAGUCGUUAAGUUCUGGGACGUUCGGUCAAAGACUUGUAUCAAUGAGAUAAGAGGCUUGGGGGACGCGUUUACCCUCGUAUGGGCGCCCGACGGGCAGUCUCUAAUUGUUGGGAACAAGACGGACAACAUCUUUGUGUUGUCGCCAACCCAAUCGACGCCAGUAGCUUCGCAUCAGCAGCCCAGCCAGACCAACCAAAUCGCGUUUGACUGGGGCGGAGAGAAGAUAUUCCUGACAACCGGCGAAGGAAGAACCCGGAUCUUGACAUAUCCGGAUUUUAAGCCCGCCUUCCAGUUCAACCAUGGUGAUGAGCCGAAGGAAUUUGGGCUCAAUGGACACACGUCUUCCUGCUUGACAGCUGAGUUACAGCCUACAGGACGUCAUCUUGCUACGGGAGGUUCGGAUUCCAUCAUUUCUCUUUGGGACACUGCAGACUGGAUUUGCCAACGAACCAUCACCAGCAUGAUCGGCCCAGUGCGGUCUAUUAGCUUCACGUUCGACGGCAACUUCUUGGUCGGAGGGAGUGAUGAAGGUUCUGGACUGGAUAUUCGACAUGCAGAGUCGGGAGACCAUGUCCAUACCUUCAAGACAGCUGGACCUUGCCCGGUUGUGUCCUGGGCGCCAACAAAAUAUUGUCUGGCAUAUAGCGAUCUUGGCAUUCUUCGCAUCAUCGGCGUAGAUGCAGAAAAGAAGUAA